AUGUCAGCCGACAAGUAUACGGAAGAAUGGCUCGAACGCGAGUUCGUUGGGUACGGCAUGGAACAGCCCAAUCCAGAGUGGCCCGGCGGAGCUAAAGUAUGUGUGAGCUUUGUGGUCCAAUACUACAUGGGAGCAGUAAGUGUCCACCUAUUGAGUAGCGGAAAGCUCGAUGAUAGCCAGAAGUUGACGGACCGAAUGAAGGAACUGUCCGUUCUCAACGGCGAUGAGAAGACAUGCGCCGACUUGCUCGAAAUUCCAAAGGCAAUGCCGUCACAGGGGCGGAACGAAGGUGCUGAGCAGAUGUACGAGUAUGGUGCCAGAGAGGGUGUGCCUAGGCUACUGAACCUGUUUAAGAAAUAUAACUUGCCCGUGACGUGGAAUUUCUACACCCGUGCUAUAGAAAGAAACCCCUUUUGGGUGAAGCCCAUCCUCGAAAGCGGCGCCGAACUCAGCCUAGGCGGGUACCGCUGGCGUGACAAUCUUCAUGAUAAUGUCAAACCGGAGGUAGAAGACGAGGAAAUCCAAAAGAGCUUCGACAUUUUGCAGAAAGCGGCCGAAGACAAGCAUCUUCCUCAAGCCGAUUGGGCAACCUAUCUCAAAGAUACAUUUGACUGCUUUUACGAAGAGGGCGAAGCGGGCGAGCCGAAGAUGAUGACCAUCGUACUUCACCCACACAUUUGCGGCAGGCCCAACCGAGCAAUACAUUUGGAGAAUUUCAUCAAAUAUGCCCAAGCCAAGGGCACCUGGUUCGCGCGUAGAAUAGAUAUUGCCAACCAUUGGCAGACCAAGUUCCCGUUCGAUGCCAAGACGGCGUUUGGGCAGACGUCAGUGCCCGAAUGUGGCAAAAUACCAGCAUAG